UUGUAAACAAACCCUAAUUGCCUGCUCUAGGGUUCUAGCCAAGCGUCUGAUAACUAUGUGGGUGUUGGCACUCUACAGGACACACAUAGCGGGCUGCACACUUCACGAGGCCGCUACAUCACUGGGCAGGACACCCCGGGCCCUCGUAAGACGAUACCUCCAGAGUGGACAGAGAAACGCCAGCAGUUACACAAGCAAGGACUCUACCAGGCUGCUCCUCGACCAUGAGUACGCCGUUCAGAAGGAUACGGUGCUCUACAGGAAUGACAACAAGAAGUUAUACAGGGUGAUGAAUUUCUUUGGGAUGUCACAGUUUUUCUUCUGGACCUACCUGAGCCACUUUGCCUUCACAACCAUGAAGAGUGUUCAGAUCCCCGAGGAGCAGAAGGAGAACAAAGACCUGCCAUGGUGGAAAAAGACAGACUUUGGCAAAUACAGGAGUGGGAUAACUAUUGCAAGCUUUCUAGUUGGCUGGGGCACACUGGCUCUCUGUUGGAUGUACACGCUGCGCUCCGUCAGCUGUCUUGUGUUGAAGAGGGGCGGCAGAGAGCUCCUGUUCAUCACCUUUGCUCCCUUUGGUCGUAACAAGUCCAUGUUGGUGCCCCUUGAAAAGGUCUCAGCCAAGCAAAGCAGACUCUCCUCUCGGGUCAACCUGCCCCUCAAGGUUCAGGGGAAGUCAUUGUAUUACAUCCUGGACAUGAAAGGCCAAUUUACCAACUCUAAGCUUUUUGAUUAUUCUGCUGGCCUCAGGAGGCAUUGGGCCCAAUGAGGGUGGGUAAGGUAGGGAGCUGUACUGUAACUAUGAGGCAGAUGGUAGCCUUCUUGUUGUCCUACACUCUCUGACAGACUGACUUCCAUGUAGGUGGCACAACACUCCUUUUAAAUACUCUCUUCCAAGCCUAGUGUCAGUCUUGUGAAAACACUGUUGUCAUGGAGUAACCCUUGUGAACAUAUGUUCCUCUUAGCUCAUUGGACAUCUGCCCUUAUUUAUGUAAAUAGAAAAGACAACCCAAUUUCUUUUUUUAUUCUUUUUUGUUGUAAUAAUGCAAAAAAAAAGUUUACUAUGUCAGAAAAAUUGUAAAUAAAUUUGAUUUUUAAACAA